CGCACAUAUCUUAGAUUUCGGUAAAUUGUAGUAGAGUAGAAGUUUUUGAUUUUUCAACAAUAACAAAGAUGACAGAGGUUAGUCUGGAUUAUAAUUUAAAUAAAUGUGGCUUCAUCCUACACGGUUUUACGAUAUUAAAUAUAAUUCAGGCUUAAAAAAGUAGUAGUAGUAGGUAUAUUUUAAUAUAGUGCAAAAAAAUUGAAAGCUCCCUUAUUGAAUAUUAUAAUAUGCACAAGGCUGACAGUUGUUUGGCCAAAGAAAAGAGGUUCAUGAUCAUGUGAUCGACCUGGCUUUUGAUUUAGUCAAUUAAUAAUUGUACACUUUCCCACAUCCACAUUGACCCCGUUUUAAAUUAUUAUUAUAGUAUUUAUUUUGCAUUAUUAGUAAUUAAAAGAAAAUGAAUUUUAGCCUAAAAGUUUAUUCAGAAUAUUAACAAUUCUAAUAAAUUAUAUUAGACUAUUAUUAUUAGUAUUAUAAUUAUCAGACAGUAUGAGUAUAGUAUGCCAUUAGUCAUGAUUAGUAUUAGUAGUAUAAAUAAUACUUGGAAAAAAAAAAUCACAACUAGGUAAAUUUAAAGGACGAAUGCCACUAUUUUAUCGAAUUUCACGAAUGACGAAUGUAUCCCUAAAUCGAUCCCUAGCCCUAUGCCUAACCUGAACCCUAAAUCGAUCCCUCAACCUAACCUAAAAAAAAAGUUGCCUAAACCCUAAUUCGCUGCAACUAUAAUAAACACCCAAAAGACGCCGUGGCAUUCGUCCUUUCAAUUAGCCCACAACGGUACUAUGACUUAUGAAUGCCCUACUUUAAUUGCUUAAUUACUUAAUUUAUUAAAUUUAACUAGGCCUUUUAGUAGCCAUUACUUAGCAAUAAGCAAUAAUGGUAAAUUACAACUUGAAGUUGGUUAUAAAAGAAUUGUGUUGUUGCGGUUUGAAGUGCUAUUUUAAAUGUCAAUAUGGUAAUUCUUUUACUUUAAGUUUAAGUGAUAAUAAGUUAAGCAAAAAUUCUUUUAUUGAUCCAAAUCCAAAUGAAUGGCAAUGUGUAAUAGUAUUCAUUUCAGCACACAUAUAUAAAAGACAGAAUUUUAAAAACAGAAAAAUGUAUGUAAACAAUUUAAUAUAUGAAAAGAAAACAGAGUUUGAAUUUAUGUUACCUCCAUCAAAAAUGUUACAGGACAUGAACUCAUGCAAAUAUAAAGGGAAAUGAUUGCGGCUGGUGCUAAACUGUCUCUUUAUUAGUUUGUGCUUUGCAUGCAUCCUCAUAUUUUCAACAGUCUGUGUGUGAAUUUGGAAUCCAAGGUCAUUUGGAUUGACAAAAUUUCGUUAUGAACAACAACAUUCGUAGAGUCCAUGUCUGACCUGGUUUAUGGUUGCAUAAGCUGCCCAUCCGUCUGAUGCAAUAAGUGAGUCUGGAAGGACUUAUCUAUCUAUGCACCCCUAUAACGUGAUCACAUGUUGGUCUGGUCCUUCAAUGAGAAAAAAGUGCCCACUAUCUCUUUCUAUUCCACCGAAAACCCAGUGGCCCUCUGUACUGUACUACUAGUGGGCACCAAUAAAAGCAAAAACCUUUUAAAUAGCACUGCAAACCGGAACAACACCAUUUUAAAUUUUUUUUCAUAAGCUUAGAUUAUUACUGAUGCUGAGGCUAUUUGAUGAUUUAAUUUCAAUUGGGCUUACCCCACUGGCAUACAUUUAAAUAAUAAAUCUAACAUGAUGAAGAAAUGAUUUGACAUCUCAGUAUUUUAUAACUGUCCCUUUUUGCCCAAUGCCAGUCACUCACAAUUCACAUGGUUUAUUAAUUCAAAUUUCAAAGCUUAAUUUGGUUGUAUAUUUAUGUAGGAGUUGAAAACCUAUCUUCUCAAGUUAAUGGGAACGUAAGUAUAAUAACUUGCACUUGAUUUGAAUUCAUUUAUUUAUGUAGGAAACUCAUAAUAUAUUUAAAUAAAACAUAUAAAUUUGCCAUUAAGAUAUUUAUGUAAAUUUUACAAUUGCGAAUUGAUAGUAUUUCAGCAUGUUUAAAUAAUUUACUAGUUAAUAUAAUCUUCCCUUUCAGUUCCAGGGAUGACUAAAUACACUUUAUGUGUAGUAUUAUCAAAAUUCAAGCAUAUUCUGAUAACUAGUUAAUUAUUUAGUUAAGUUUGAUUUUUAAAGUGAGUUAAAUACAUUGGUAAUUGAUUACUUUAACCUCCAAAAUCCCACCCGAGGUAAAAUUUGACCCCAUCCUUCUCCGUCAGAUAUUAAGGAGGAAGAUUAUGAUGAUAUUAAUGACUUUAUUCAUGACAGUGGUUCUCAACCUUCCUAACGCGGUGACCCUUUAAUACAGUUCCUCAUGUUGUGGCGACCUCCAACCACAAAAUUAUUUUGGUUGCUACUUCAUAACUGUGUUUUCAGAUGGUCUUAGGUGACCCCGGUGAAUGGGUUGUAAUUGCUGCAGUAAAAACAUUGGUCACAUAUAAACUCAAACAUUGGUCACAUAUAAACUCAAACAUUGGUCACAUAUAAACUCAAACAUUGGUCACAUAUAAACUCAAACAUUGGUCACAUAUAAACUCAAACAUUGGUCACAUAUAAACUCAAACAUUGGUCACAUAUAAACUCAAACAUUGGUCACAUAUAAACUCAAACAUUGGUCACAUAUAAACUCAAACAAUGGUCACAUAUAAACUCAAACAUUGGUCACAUAUAAACUCAAACAUUGGUCAGAUAUAAACUCAAAACAUUGGUCACAAAGAAACUCAAACAUUGGUCACAUAUAAACUCAAACAUUGGUCACAUACAAACUCAACAUGCACCAAGAAUCAGUCUGAGAGAGAAGAUAAAAAGGGAAGAAAUUUUGCCCAGCUUUGCAUGGGAACUGGUGACACCAUUUGGACCACGACUAUAAUAAAUCUCUAGAUAACAUAAACAUCCAAACUGUAAUAGCAACUUUGGAUUUGUCAAUGCUUUCAAUGCGAACACUGUGCAGGACAUUGUGGGCUACGAGGCUUUUUAUCAAGAACGAGAGGUCGGGGUUUAUUUAUGCAGUGAAAAUGUUUUGAAAGGAUGUGGACACUACGUAUGCAGAGAACAUAUGACUUGCAAAUAUGACGAAUGUUUGAAAAGGAUGUGGACACUACGUACGCUGAGAACAUAUAACUUGCAAAUAUGAGAAUGAAAUUAAUAAAUUUGACAAUGUUGCGUUUUAAACUCUAAAAUCUACUUAUCACGCAUGCUUACCUCAAUAUAGAGGCAGGAAAUAUUAAAAUAGUUCUGAUAAAAUGGGCAUUAUUAUUAGGCCUACCUUCAAAUAUUAAAUGUGCAAAGCAAUCAUUAGUUGCUCAUUAAAUGAAUUAAUCUACAUAUAUAUACACAUAUAAUGAUUUGUUAUUUUAACUUCAAAUCAUACAGAAAAAUGAAUGUUAUAAAACUCUGAUAUGAAAUUAUGUCUACCUUUUUGUGAUUGGUGAAAAACAUACUAAUAUAUUAAAUUGGUUGUCUAAGUCUAAUUAAUUAUUUCAAUCAAAAGAUCCUUGAAGGUGUCUUAUCUGCUAGGGUACAUACAUAUUUACUGAAAAACUUUACUACCUAAUUUUUUAAUAUCUACCUUUUUCUUAACAGAGUGGAAGGUCUCCAUGCCAUUGCAAUCACUGAUAGGGAUGGAGUUGUAAUUGUGAAAGGUUUGUUGAAUUUUCACAUUUACAGUCGUCCCUCGCCACUUCACGCUUUGACUUUCACGCCUUACCCUAUCCCGGUUUUUUCAAAUAUAGUCUCGAACUGACUAAUAAGGAUGAAUGAGGGACGACUGUUUAUUGAAUAAUUGAAUAUAUUUUAUGAACUGCAUCUUUAUAAUCUAAUAAAAAAUUUACUCUUCUGUGAUUAAAGAAUACAGACCUGUUUACCCUCAAACUCUUAAAAUCGUACAAUAUCAACACAAAAUCAUUCAAACCAUUAUCUUAAUAAUAAAAAAUAAACAAACAGUAUACAUAAUGUAUACACCUCAAAAUCAUACAAUUUACUCCAAAAUCGUAAGAGUAAACAGGUCUGAGAAUAUGAAAAAAACUCACUGAAAAAGCACUGCAAUAAAUUUUUAUGAAACUAAAUUGUCAACUUCUUUAUAUUUAAAUGAUUGCUAUGAUUUUAGGGUUAGAAAUUCAACAAGCUGAACCAGUUCAUCAUUCCCAACAGUGUAUAAAAUAAUUAAAAAUUGUUAUUAUUUUAAAAUGAAUUUUUUUGUUCAGUUACUGGUCAAAUGGCUCCUGAUCCAGCCCUGCGUCCACCUUUUCUCUCUGUGUUUGGAGUAAUGGCAGAGCAAGCCAGUAAGAUGGGCAUUGGUUCCAAUAAACGAAUCAUCAAUUAUUAUAGCACCUAUCAGGUAGGAGAAAUCCCUGACCAGUUACGUCAUGAACCUAAACGAUUUACCUAAUUGCUGUCUAUGUUGCUUUUUAUUGUUCGAGGUAUAUGCAGUUGGGAAUAAGAAGUUAUUAAUGUCUCACACAUAGAGGCUUUGAUGUAUUUUGUGAAGAAUGAGUAGCUAAACCACAUACUACUUACUGCUUGCUCUAUUAAUAGCACAAUUAUUUAUUUUUAAGAGCUUUUUAAAAAAAAAUUUUGCAACAUCAUAUUUCUAAAUUUACAGGUUUGAUAAUGUAUAAGUGUAAGGCAAGUACACAUUUCUAGCUGUUUUGUAGAAAAUAAAAAAACAGCUUGAAAUGUGUACAAGCCCUAUACAUAAUCAAACCUGUACAAUUUAAAAAUAUAAUGUUGCAAAAUUUUUUGUUUUUUAAAUUUGCAACAAUAUAUUUCUAAAUGUACAGGUUUGAUUAUGUCAAAGGCAUGUACACAUUUCUAGCUGUCUGCAGGUGAUAUUAUGUACAAGGCAUGUACACAUUUCUAGCUGUCUGCAGGUGAUAUUAUGUACAAGGCAUGUACACAUUUCUAGAUGUCUGCAGGUGAUAAUAUGUACAAGGCAUGUACACAUUUCUAGCUGUCUGCAGAUGAUAUUAUGUACAAGGCAUGUACACAUUUCUAGCUGUCUGCAGGUGAUAUUAUGUACAAGGCAUGUACACAUUUCUAGAUGUCUGCAGGUGAUAUUAUGUACAAGGCAUGUACACAUUUCUAGAUGUCUGCAGGUGAUAAUAUGUACAAGGCAUGUACACAUUUCUAGCUGUCUGCAGAUGAUAUUAUGUACAAGGCAUGUACACAUUUCUAGCUGUCUGCAGGUGAUAUUAUGUACAAGGCAUGUACACAUUUCUAGAUGUCUGCAGGUGAUAUUAUGUACAAGGCAUGUACACAUUUCUAGAUGUCUGCAGGUGAUAUUAUGUACAAGGCAUGUACACAUUUCUAGCUGUCUGCAGGUGAUAUUAUGUACAAGGCAUGUACACAUUUCUAGCUGUCUGCAGGUGAUAUUAUGUACAAGGCAUGUACACAUUUCUAGAUGUCUGCAGGUGAUAUUAUGUACAAGGCAUGUACACAUUUCUAGCUGUCUGCAGGUGAUAUUAUGUACAAGGCAUGUACACAUUUCUAGCUGUCUGCAGAUGAUAUUAUGUACAAGGCAUGUACACAUUUCUAGCUGUCUGCAGGUGAUAUUAUGUACAAGGCAUGUACACAUUUCUAGAUGUCUGCAGGUGAUAUUAUGUACAAGGCAUGUACACAUUUCUAGAUGUUUUGUAGGAAACAUUCCCAGCCAUAUUUGCCAUUAUUAUAACAAUUAUUUGAAAGAAAUAUUUCUCAGUGAGACAUAGUGUUUAUCUCUUUUGUUUGCCUAAAUAUUACAGACUUUUAUACAGUAGAACAUAUGUGUAUAAGUAUACAUAUGUUCUAAAAUGCCCCGAAGAACAAAUUGCAGAAGUUUCCCUUGUCCUUUAAAAGUAAACAUCAAAAAAUUUUUCAAGUCUAAGUAAAUUAAAGACUUGCAAUUGAUAGGAAAUUUAAUAAAUAUUUACAUAUAUACACCUUAAUUACUUAAUUUUGUUCAUUUGUGUUGUAUUUUAAUUCUUUUUGCUUUGACAAUUUCAUCCUUGUUUUUAUAUUAUCAACAAAAACACUGUUGCAAUAGGAGAUUUUUACUUUUCAGUUGAGAAAAGUUGGGAAAAAGUUGGGAAUUUUGUUUUUAAAAAAGAGUGGGAACCAUGUCUACUGGUAUUGAAUCCUGUUUUCCUUAACAAAGGGAAGUAGCUCAAACGCAAAUGUUUGGUCAAUAUUAUUACUGCUGGUGUUAUUAUAAAACUGUAAGAAACAGAAGUUCUCAUAAUUCCUUUUAGGUACUCUAAAAUGACAAUAGUCCUAAUUUAAUGUCCCAAUGUUGGACUACUUUUGAACGACUGACCUAUAUUUUCUUUGUUUAAACCAGACAGUACAAGUUAACCAUCAUCCCUUGCUUCUACACUUCAUAGCAGACAAAAAUGCUAAUACUGGUAAGUUCUUCACAUUAUUUUACUAUCGCUACACAAAAGUCUCGUUUACAUUGUGCAGUCUGCUACACAAAAGUCUCAUUGUGCAGUCUUUGGUUGGUUGCAGCGGUGACUUAAUACAAUAUUUAAUCAUUAGAUGAUGAUCAUCAAUAUUGUUCAUUGUUUUUUGGAAGGGAUUAAAGAUUUUUAAGACACUUUUCAUCGUGUCUUAGCGUUUCAUUGUGUCUUAGUGUUUCAUUGUGUCUUAGUGUUGCAUUGUGUCUUAGUGUUGCAUUGUGUCUUAGUGUUUCAUCGUGUCUUAGUGUUUCAUUGUGUCUUAGUGUUUCGUUGUGUCUUAGUGUUUCGUUGUGUCUUAGUGUUUCGUUGUGUCUUAGUGUUUCGUUGUGUCUUAGUGUUUCCUUGUGUCUUAGUGUUUUGUUGUGUCUUAGUGUUUCGUUGUGUCUUAGUGUUUCGUGUGUCUUAGUGUUUUGUGGAGUCUUAGUGUUUCGUCUUGUCUUAGUGUUUCGUCGUGUCUUAGUGUUUCAUUGUGUCUUAGUGUUUCAUCAUGUCUUAGUGUUUAGUUGUGUCUUAGUGUUUCAUCGUGUCUUAGUGUUUCAUCAUGUCUUAGUGUUUUGUUGUGUCUUAGUUUCUGGAUAAACACGCAGUCAGUAAAUUAAAGGGCUGCUUAAAUGAAUUGUUUGUAAAGAAAUAUUCUAUCUUUUAAUGUUACAAGUCAUCAAAAACUGUCUAUUGUUUGCAGGUCUUAUUUUAGAGCUGGAAAAUGAACUUGCAGAUGUUUUGAAAGAAAUUAAUAAAGUCGUUGGUAUGAUGUAGCCAGAUGUCCUUCAUAAGAACAGAUGCGUCUUUAGUAUGAUGUAGACAGAUGUUCUUCAUAAGAACCGAUGCGUCCCUACCAAAAAUUGUAUGACUGUGUCCACAUCUUCGUUUGGCGCGUGUGUGUGUGUAUGAUCUCUUGACAGCUGAUGUUCACUUUGAGGAGAUGACAAAAUGUAAAUAAAUAACAAACUAAUAUUUUAUAAUUUAAAAA